UACGUUUUACUACUUAGUCAUUGGCGCGAUUGGCGCGCUAUAUAGUGUAUUUAUAGUCGAAUUUUAUUAUAACAAGUAUUGGGGCCAGUUUUUGAAUAUCCGCCAAAUACAUUUACGUAUUUUCCUUGUUUGUUAAUAAUUUCUCUUAAUUUGAUAUAAGAAAUCAUGUUGAAGAUUCUGUUGUAUCUAAGCCUCCUUGUAUUCUACGGGAACUGUAAAUACAACAGCUUUAAAAGUGGAGAUUUUAAAGAUGCAGCUGAGAAACUAACGUCACAAAAGCUCUAUGUUCCGGAUCCUCCCGACCAUAAAAAGUUGGUGGCAAUGGCGAGAUAUGUUCUCCAUAACUGCAAUUGGGCGUCAAUAGCCACAAUUUCAACUUUACCAGCCAUAGAAGGAUUUCCAUUUUCAAACGUGAAAUCUAUUGUUGACGGAUCUCUAGCGAAUUCCACUGGAAUCCCAUACUUUUAUAUGUCGCCAUUGGAUUUCACUGCUCGCGAUCUAUCGAAAGACAUCCGCUCCACGGUGCUAGUUUCUUUAGAGGAGACAAGAUUUUGCGAAUUUAAGAAAUACGACCCUGAAGAUCCGAGGUGCACCAGAUUGAUGUUAUCAGGACUAAUGAAGAAGGUUAAGGAAAACACACCAGAAUACACAUUCGCAAAGGCUGCAUUAUUCGAAAGGCACCCGGACAUGGCGAACUUUCCGCCUGAUCACAAUUGGUUUGUGGCUAAAAUGAAGAUAGCCCAAAUAGCUAUGGUCGAUUGGUUUGGUGGUGCUAAAUAUGUUCCUGUUAAAGAUUACCUCGCCUACAAUUAUACUGGGAUGGAGAUGUUGCAUUAAUUUCACCUUUAACUUAUAAUAAAUGAUAAUAACACAGUGAAAAUAAAUAAUGUUUUUAUAAGAUAUUUAUCUUA